AUGCAGAAGAUCAUAGUUCCAGCCUUGUACGAGAAGGUGAUGCAAGAGGUGAGAUCGCUGGAGCCUACGCUGGAAGCUUUGAACUUCGGCAAGGGAUCGGCCACGGCAACUGCUUCCAGCUCAUUCCGCGAUGCCAAGCGCAUGAAGAUGACGGCCACCACGCCCGUGACAGGCGCGUCCAGUGCCUCCAUUGACCCUGAGCAGGCGGCCAAAAACUUUCGAGCUUGGCUGGCCCAAGACAAGAGUGCCCUGAGAAGCAUGCUGUUCAUUUUGUCCGGCAACAACACAUUCUACACUGGGCAUGUUGCCGAGCUCGUGGCACGCGCUGCGGUGGCGUGCAAGCCUAUGUCGGAGGACCACUUCGUUGCCGCGGUGAAGGCUCGCAUGCAGAAACCAGCUGAGAAGACACAGAGAAUGCCGCGGAUGACGAUCAUCGAUGGAGAGGUGAUCCUGACUCCCACGAUCGGCAACCAAGUGAGGGGUGAAUAA